AUGAAUUCUAAACAGCAAACAGUGAGACUAAGUGACGGUCACUUCAUCCCUGUACUGGGCUUUGGUACCUAUGCAACUCCAGAGGAACCCAAGACUAAAGUUACAGAAGCCACCAAAAUAGCUAUAGAUGCUGGUUUCCGCCAUAUUGACUCUGCUUCUAUGUAUCAAAAUGAAGAGGAGAUAGGGCUGGCCAUCCGAAGCAAGAUUGCAGAAGGCACUGUGAAGAGGGAACAUAUAUUUUACACAUCAAAGCUUUGGUGUACUUUUCAUCGUCCAGAGCUGGUGCAAUUUUGCUUGGAACAGUCACUGAAGAAACUCCAGCUAGACUAUGUGGACCUGUACCUCAUUCAUUUCCCAGUCUCUCUGAAGCCAGGAGAGAAUUAUUUACCAAAAGAUGAGAAUGGAAAAUUCAUAUUUGACAUAGUGGACCUCUGUGCCACCUGGGAGGCCAUGGAGAAGUGUAAAGAUGCAGGACUGACCAAAUUCAUUGGAGUGUCUAACUUUAACCGUAGGCAGUUGGAGAUGAUCCUGAACAAGCCAGGGCUCAAGCACAAGCCUGUGUGUAAUCAGGUAGAAUGUCAUCCUUAUCUCAACCAGAGAAAACUUCUGGAUUUCUGCAAGUCAAAAGACAUUGUUCUGGUUGCUUACAGUGCUCUGGGAAGCCACCGAGAAAAAACAUGGGUAGACAGCAAUUUGCCCAUUCUUUUGGAUGAUCCAGUUCUUGGUUCCAUGGCAAAAAAAUACAAGCGAACACCAGCUCUGAUUGCUCUUCGUUAUCAACUGCAGCGUGGGGUUGUAGUCCUGGCCAAGAGUUUCACUGAGAAGAGGAUAAAAGAGAAUAUGCAGGUUUUUGAAUUUCAGUUGACUUCAGAGGACAUGAAAGUCCUUGAUGGACUGAAUAAAAACAUACGAUACAUAUCCGGUGAUGGGUUUAAGGGCCACCCUGGUUUUCCAUUUUCAGAUGAAUAUUAACAUAUGGGUCUGUGUCAUGCCUUGUGCUAGAAGUCCCUGCAUGCGGAUAGUAUAAAGGAAGGCUGCUCAAAUGAUGAUGAUUGCAUAGUUCAACCUAAUCUGUGCUUUGGAGCAACCCUGGUUCUGCUGAAUCUACAGUUAUAGGCAAGGAAGCAAACAUAAUAUAUAUUUGUCCCUUCCUGAAUAGAAAUAAAAGAUUAACUUUCUUUAGCAUUUA